GCCUUGGCCUUGUGUCUUUCGAAACUUUCGUUUUCAUGGCUCUGGCUAGGCCAACAGCUAGCUGUGAUUAGGCUGUUACAUUUCAAAGAGUGACGAAUGUGUUGGGUCUGGAUUGAGGUGCAAGUCGUGCUGAGAUAAAAGAUACCUCUUUGGGUAGAGAAGAAUGGGCUUCGCAGCUACCAUAUCCAGCGUACUGCUGGAGUAUGAUACAUUGAAGGUGGUCCAUAUCAAAAGUAAGAAAGUUGGUAUCAUCAACAGGCUGAUUCAAGUUGUCAUCAUUGCGUACAUUAUUGGGUAUGUGAUUGUCUACAAGAAGGGCUACCAGGACACGGAAGAAGUUGAGGGAGCCGUCACGGCCAAGCUGAAAGGUGCUGCGUAUCCGUUGAAUGCAGGCCUAGCGAGUCGUGUUUGGGAUGCAGCCGACUAUCAUAUUCCACCUCAGCAAACUGGAGCAUUCUUUGUAAUGACAAACAUGAUCAUCACGCCAGAUCAGCGUAACAUGACCUGUCCCGAGAGUCUAAAGAAUGCCAAGUGCUACAAUGCAAGCGACUGUCCAUCUGGUCAAAUGGUCCCAGCGGGAAAUGGUCUUAUGACGGGCAGAUGCAUACCAUACGACUCCUAUGAUUCCGAUACUCGUCAUGAUGUCUAUGAAGAGGACUUUACUAAUGGAUCAGCAGUGAACAAGACCUGCGAGAUCAUCGGCUGGUGUCCACUGGAGAAGGAUGUCACUCCAUCUCCAGCUCGCCUUGGUAACGAGUCCAUGGAGUUCACCGUCCUGAUCAAGAACUCGAUCAUCUUCCGCAAGUUCGAUGUCCGCCGGAGAAACAUCCCGUCUACCUCCACUGAGAAAUGGUUGAAGAAAUGUCGCUAUUCACCCGAUCACCCUCAAGACAAGUACUGCCCGAUCAUUAAGCUGUACAACAUAUUCAAGUAUGCUGGAGUUGCUGACCAAUGGGAUGAUGCAGCAAAGAACGGUGCUGUCAUAUCAAUUGACAUUAACUGGAGUUGCAACCUGGACCAUGAUGAAGACGAGUGUAAUCCGAAGUAUACCUUCCGACGAUUGGACAACCCUGAUGUGGCACUCUCGCCUGGCUUCAAUUUCCGUUAUUCUCAGUACCACUCUGACGUAAACGGGGAGAAGACUCGCACCCUCAUCAAAGCGUACGGCAUCCUCUUUGACAUCAAGAUCAGCGGAGAGGCGGGAAAGUUCAGCCCCGUACCUCUCCUUGUCAACCUGGGCUCUGGUCUUGCCCUGCUUAGUGUAGCUACGAUCAUGUGUGAUUUCGUUGUCCUACACUUCCUGAAGAAGCGCCAGUUCUACCAUGAAAAGAAGUUUGAAGACGUGGAGGUGCAGGAUGAUUUGCUGCCCGAAGGCCUCUUGUCACCCAGCGAACGUGAUUCGCUAAUCCAGAAGCACUAACUCCACCAUGAAUAAGCAAGCAUUCACAAUCAAUCUCAAGCAAUGCCCAGACAUGCUCAACACGUGCCAACAACACACACACGCACGCAUGGCAGGAAUGACAUACCACAGUUCAACAGUUCAGUUCUCACGUUACAAAGUCAUGAUAUUUUUUACACACAACACACUCAUAUCUUUGAGCAGUGAAAAGCACGAAUUUAUUGACAAAGAUGAGUACAGUAGUAUCAGAAUUAAAAAGUAAUAAUAAUAUGAAAAAACGUUUGAAUUGUUUUGGUUUGCUAUCAAUCAAAGAUAACUGCAUGCGAUUUAGCCUGCACUGCACACUGUUUCGUCACGCUCAAAUGAUUGCACAAAUUUCUAUCUUUUUGUGUGCUGCGUUUUACCUUGCUGUUAGCCUAGCGAGCACUUUUCAAGUCUUAAAAUUAACCUUGUAGCGGGCCUGCAAGUAUACGCAUUGCUGCUUCUGUCACAGAUAUUUGUUCAACAUGCUACGCGCAACAAA